AGCACCAAGUGAGAUUUUCAUGUUGCUGCCUCACUCUGCUAGGCCACGCUUAAGAGGUUUUCAGAGGUGCUUUUAGUCUGUGGAGGCUUUAAUGCAAAUAGCUCAUUUACUUACAAAUCGAGGGAGGGCAGAGGGGCUACAGCAAUCUGAUUUUUCCCUUCAUCUUCCCAUUACUUGUUCAACACCUUGUAAAGAGGUACUGCAAAGGCAGGUUAUUAUGCACUGAGAACUGGUGUGGCAACUGUUGCUUGCCCUUCAUUAAUGCUGGUGUUUAGUUGAACAACUUGACCUAAAGUAGCUGGAGCCUGCCGGGAAAAGUUUUCAGCCCUUUUGUUGUGUGUUUUUACAAAGUUCCCCACCAGAGCAAAACCCCUUUCUUUCCCAUUUGCUGGCUGAUGCCCUGAGGGUGACGAGACUGAAAGUUUAGCAAGUUUUGUGCAUAACUUCACAUCACAGGAGCAAGUGCGUAUUUCUCCCCUCCUUUCUUUUUCCUGCUCCUAAAACGCCUCCUUCAAGUUUGCAGCUGGGCAGGACUCCAAAGGUGCAGCAGCAGCAGCAGCAGCAACGAGCCGGAGUUCAAAGUUAGCAGUAAAUUGCACAACUUCCAGCUCAUCGCUACGCUCAGUGACUAUUAACAAGCUGGAAGGCGCUCAGGGAAAAAAUAGGGGAGAAGGGAACACCCUCGAAUUGUUUGGGGAUCGCUGAUGUUAUGCUUUUGCCUCUGGAAUCAUGGCUCCCUUUGGAAGGAAUUUAUUAAAAACCCGGCAUAAAAACAGAUCUCCCAACAAAGACAUGGCUUCAAAUGAAAGAGAGAUUGUGGUUUGGGUUUGCCAGGAAGAGAAGAUUGUAUGUGGCCUGACAAAGCGCACAACUUGCACAGAAGUGAUUCAAGCACUGCUUGAGGAGCAUCAGGCAACAUUUGGAGAGAAAAAGGUCCUUUUUGGAAAACCAAGUGAUUACUGCAUUGUAGAAAAAUGGAGAGGCUCAGAGCGAGUCCUUCCUCCCUUGACAAAGAUUCUGAGACUUUGGAAGGCCUGGGGGGAAGAGCAGUCUAAUUUGCACUUUGUGUUGGUGAAGUCAGAUGCUUUCCUCUCAUUUCCAUUGUGGAAGACUGCUGAAGCUAAGGUAGUACAAAAUAUAGAAAAACAGUGGGACCUCAGUCCAGCGAAUUACAUGAAGAUGUUGCCAAUAGACAAGCAAAAGAAAAUUGUCAGGAAGACUUUCCGGAAACUGGCCAAGCUUAAACAAGACAGUGUUCAGCAAGAGAGAGAUAAUAUGGAGACGCUUAUUCAUCUGAUCAUUUCUCAAGAUCAUACCAUUCAUCAACAAGUCCUUAGAAUGAAGGAACUAGAUAUGGAAAUUGAAAAAUGUGAAGCGAAAUUCCAUCUUGAUCGUGUAGCCAAUGAUGGAGAAAAUUAUGUGCAGGAGUCCUAUUUAAUGAUCAAUCCUAGUGAGGCUGAGCAGCAAGGGAUUAGGCCAGAUGAUCAAAAAGACAUGCAUGACUAUUUGAGUAAAAGUGAGGGAAUUUUACAGGUUGAAGAGAGACUGAAACAUCACAAACAAUUAAUAGAGAAGCUGUGUGCUGAAAUUGAAAGAGAGGUACAUGGUUUAUACACAGAAAAAAGUGGAGAUGAUGUUUGCACAGAAGGAGCUGCCAAUGCUGAACCGGAAAACUCAAAUUUGGAAAGUGUAAAAUAUGAGCUGGAAAAAAGUAUGAAAGAUGGUCUGAGAAUUAACUCAUACUUGAGCUGCGUUCAGAAAGAACUCACAUACAGGGACUCACUGCUUCAAAAGAAGGAAAAAGAAUAUGAACUUCUUACAGAAGAAUUUAAUUUACUACAUGUUAAAGACAGCAUUGAAGCUAGGCUUCCAUCAGACGAAGAGCCAUCCAAGGGCAGUGGCAUCUCCAGUAACAGCAUUGCUGCUCCUGACUUUGUUCAUAGAGUGACUAAUCUGGACAUAAACGAUACAGACUCUGACACUGGAAUUAGCUCUACACACAGUCAGGACUCUGAAAUAACUUCAGGAGACAUGGUACUGUUGUCAACAUAGUUGAAAACAGUCACACAUUCAUGAAAAAUCAUAUUUUGGAGAAUAUUUAUAAGAAUUAAUAAACCUUGUUGUCUUGAGAUUUCAGCUCUUCAAGAUGUUAAAACUGUGGCACCUCUGUAGCAAAGUAAACAGUGUCUAUUUAUGCGCUUAAUAGUAUAUUUGUGCUUAAAUGCAUGGGCAGUCUCAUGAGUUAACUAAUAGGUGCAAGCUGUUUGCUUUGCUAAAUCAGGAUAGACUAUUCAGACCCUGUAUGAUUGAUACUCCGUGAAACAUGAGGAUUUGGACUGACUUGCACUAAAAGUCUGGAGAUUUGAUAUCCCCUAAUCUUUGGGUCCACUUCUGCAUCUCUGACUUUUUAGGAAUGGGAAUUAGAGAUUAGACCAAACUAAACAGAGAGCUUGAUUUUCUGCUCUGUUACAUUAACUUUAUUCAGAUGGAGUUUCCCUGCUAUGAAGCUGAUGUAAAGGAAUAUGUAAUCGAGCAUGUAAUCGAGCAUGUAAUCUGUUAAAAAUAGUUUUUAUUAUAUUGUAGGACAAAAAAAAUGCAAUUGCAUUUAUGCUUUAUAUUUAAAUAUAGUUUUAAGUUAUCAGGAUUAUAUUUUCAAAACCAUCUAAGUCCUGUUUUAAAAAUUAUCUUACACACGUAGGUUUUUAAUUCCCAUUCUUUUUCAGCAGCAUUUAAUUGCUUCUAAGAUCCUUAAGGCCCCUACUUAUCUGUCGUUACCCUGUAGUUGCCCCAGUGAUGCUUAAGUCCAUGUAGUUUCUGCCAGUGGGCAUGUCAGAACUGCCUACAUCCUGCUUGUGCCAGGCACUCAAAUCCCAAGCUCACACCCAACCCCAGGGGCACUUUCAGCAAGGCUUUCUCCUGCCUAUUUCAGCAGUUGGAUCCAAUGUCUUAGACCUUCUCAAAUCAUGACUACCAAAUAAAGCAUAACAGAAGGGACAGGCAGGAACUGGACAUUUUUGGCUCUGGCUGGGCACUAUUUCCCAAUAGCCAGGUAGUUACCAUUUUCAUGUAGCAGGUAGGCUGUCAAAUUGCAUCUCACUCUGUUGUGGAACAGGGAUAUGGACCUGUAAAUCCUCGAUGGGGACUUUGGGAUACAGCUAAAGCUGAUCCACUUUUUAUAUGUAGCUAAUUAAAUAUUGGACCCCAGGAAAAAAAGGGUGCAUAACACAAGAAUUUACAACUAUGUGAUUAAGUCAAGUGAUUUCGCUUAGGAUGUAGUAGUUUAUCUCAAAUCCUUCUCCAGCACAUUGCUAUUAAUCCAGAGCGAAGGUAUAUAACUAAGGUUUCUCUUCAGUUACCAAACAAGAUUUCUAAUUCUGAGCUAGAGACUCUGCGAACAGAGUACCUGAGUAUUUUCUGGGUUGCAGAUAUAUUUUAUUUUGCAGAUCGACCUGUUUUAACACUCAUGAUUAAGGGACUUGAAUGGAGACAUAGUUACAGUGUUUCUAAAAGAAGUUUAGCUCUAGUAAAAUUCAAGCAUAUCCUGGAAUUAAAAGCCUACAAAGUAAAUGAAUGGACAGAACCUAGAAAGUAUAAAUGUAAAAUACUUUCAGAUUCACUGCUUUCUCUUUCUGUAUUUUUCUUCUCUUAAAUGUCUGUCAACUAUCUGUUUUCUAAAAUGACCAAAGUGCUAGAAUUCCUGAUUAACACAUAUUUGAUAUAGGAAAAAAAACAAAAAAAAAAAGAAAAAGGUAAAAAGAAAAGCCUUUUCUAAAAUUUUGUCUUUUUUAAAAGUUUUUUUUUAAGUGUUUUUGAUCCGUGAUAUUAUAAAUAGGGUGGUGUUUUUUUUGUUUUGUUUUUGUUUUUCUGGGAAAGUGUGCUAGUUGCCUUAAUAUAUUUUGUGUUGUGUUGUUUUUUGUCAUAUGAUGUUAUUUGAAUACUUCAAUAGUAGUGUGUCAUCUUUAGACUCAGCUCCUGAUGGAAACACAAGUAUGUAUCAAAUGUGUGAUCUUUGUAAUAAUUUAUUAACGCAACUCAGCAUCAUUUGAACUCUGUGGCAUCACUCUGACAAGUAGUACGCACAGAGCUCUUAAUGUUGAGAGUAGGCUGAUGUAGUCUAUGAGUUCUUGUGAAUUUAGCUAGCAGUUUUUUCUAAUAAGCAAUUUUUUAAUAUAAAUACUUAAGGGAUAAAGAAUUCAAACAGAAUAAUAUUCACACCUGUGCAGGCAAGUGUUAUACAAGAUCAGUGGGGGAAAGAAUUUCCACUCAUAUUCUAUGAGAUUUAUUUCAACCAUAGAAACUUUUACUGGUUAUCAGAGCUGAUGUUUAUCCACACUACAUGCUUGAUUGUACAUCCCUUGCAACAUGUAGAUCUUAAGAGUAUUACUGUAUUUUAAGAGGAAAUUAGGAAAAGUAGGUUGGGAGAGAGUAUUUCUUAAAAAAUAAAAUAAUAUUAAAAAAUCCUGUGUUUUGAAUCUUAUAUUUGAAGCUUAUAGUUUGAGAUCACAAACCUACUUGUUUCUUUCAGAAUUUAGAUAAAGGUACAAGAUGCUUAAAGACUCUCUGCACUCUUUGCUGUUUAUCUACCUCUACACUUUUCAUAUGCUUGUUAUGUCUGUUUUUACAAUGCUAUAACUAUACUUUAUGAACCUUACUUGACCAUUCUUCUUUUUUUCUCAACUAUGUAUGAUUUGUUUUUUAAUUCCCAUAAGGAAAUGCAGAAUAAAACAUUUUGACUCAUUUCAUGUCAUUCUCUUAAGCCGGUUCCCUGUCCACCUUCACUUUUUUGUUUUAUUUUGUAAAAUUUUCCAUGGACUAUGUUAUACUUACCAACAAAGAGGAAGAUGAAAGAAGUCCUACAUAAGAUGAGAGAAAAAUUCUCCUCAGGGAGUGCAAAUGUGAAAUGUCAAGGUGAAAUGAAAGGAAAUCCAGUCCAUUGCACUCAUCUGCACAAGGGUUUUUUGGUAGGAAGACAGUAGUUCCUUCAAAGUAAGAGGAAUAUAAUGGUGAGUAGGAGCCAGACUCAGCUUGUAUCAUGACUGUUUUGGGGUGGGAUAUUUUAGUCCUCGGUAUGAAUCUAGGCAGAUAUCUUCAGUGACUGUCAUCCAGGCUAACAGUUCUGAAAUGAAUGGACUUGCCUAAGCCAAAGUCUUUGGAUCCUGCAUACUUAAAUAACUUCACAUAUAUAUUUAUAACCAAUAUAACUCAAAGUUUCCAGGGAAUACAGUGUCUACCCCAGUCUCAUGUUUCUGCCCGACUUUAUUAUGUACUUUUACAAAUUUGAUGAAAGCAGAUGAGUCAAUUUAAUUAGCUAUUUCAGUUCCUUGAUGAUUCUUUCAAAUAUAAAACAAUUAUCAUUUUAUUAUGUAUAAAUUUACAGUAUUUACCAUCCAUUUAUGUUCUUAAAAAUUACUAUGUAAUUACAGAAUUAUUGCUUUUUUUUCCCCUACAAAACCGAGCAGUCCCAAGAACUUUUAUCCCUUCAAAAUUAUAGAUUAUAUAUUUGUCUUUGGAUUGUGCAUUUAGGGAUUGCUUUACUGGCUGUCUUGUGCUUCAUACAUAUAUACAUAUUGCUAACACAGAAUAUUCAAUUAUAUGAUGCUGACAGAUUGAUAUUCAUAGAGAGCUUCAACUUACAGCUUUCGUCUGCUAAAAUUAAUAGGCUUUACAUUUUCCUACAUGCCCAGAAUCAUAAUUUGUUAGUUUCUGCAUAUUUCCAACUGUGUAAAGACAUAAAUAGAUGUAAUUAAACAAAUAAUUAUUACAAAGUCA